AUGUACGACCGCCUGAAUGAUGUGCUCAGCCUUGGCCUGCACCGGGUCUGGAAACGCAUGGCCGUCAAGUGGAGCGGCGCGAGGCCAGGGGAUCGAGUCCUGGACCUGUGUUGUGGCAGCGGGGACCUGACUUUCCUCCUGGGCGAGGCUGUGGGGCCCAGGGGUCAGGUGGUCGGGCUGGACUUCUCUGGGGCCAUGCUGGCCAGUGCGGCGCAGCGUGAGCUUGACCGCCCCCGCUUCGACCGCCUGGUGCCGCCCCUGCAGUGGGUGCAGGGCGACGCGCUGGACUUGCCCUUCCCAGACGCCAGCUUCCAGGCGGCCACCAUGGGCUACGGUCUUCGCAACGUGACAGACAUCCCCCGCGCCCUCCAGGAACUGUACCGGGUGCUGGCGCCCGGGGGCGCCGCCGCCAUCCUGGACUUUAACAAUGCCGUGGAGGACAGCCCCGUCGCCGACGGCGUGCAGAGCUUCCUGCUGGGGACGGUGGUGGUGCCGGCCGCCCGCGCCCUGGGCGUUGCCGAGCAGUAUGAGUACCUGCGCCCCUCCAUCCAGCGCUUCCCCACGGGCCGGAAGCAGGAGGCGCUUGCACUGCAAGCCGGCUUCGCCCAGGCCACGCACUACACCCUGGGUUUCGGCAUGAUGGGCGUGCUGGUCGUGGAGAAGCGGUGA